GAGUCAGACUUUGUUAUAACGAUUCUUCGACUCGUCUAAUUGUUAAUGGUCACCUUUCAAAAUCAGUUGCUAUUGGCUCGUCUGUAAAGCAAGGAUGCCCAAUGUCACCACUUUUGUUUGCCCUUUAUCUUGAACCACUGUGUUUGAGCAUAGUACAAUCGAGUCGUAUCCGAGGAUUCAGUAUAUUAGGCACUGAAGUUAAAAUAUUAGCUUAUGCAGAUGACGUAGCGAUCAUUUGCACCGAUAAACCAAGUGUUGAAAAUGCGAUAUCUGAAAUUGAGAAAUUUGGCAUUGUUUCUGGAGCUCGUUUAAACUCCUCAAAAAGUUUAGGAUUAUGGUUUGGCUCAUGGGGCAGUACGCCGAACCAGUUUGCAGGGGUUAACUGGACUCGCAUUCCACCAAAGUACCUUGGUGUACCACUAGAUGCGUAUAGAUUCAGUGCACGCUAUUGGAAAGAACGUGUCCCUUUGAUUGAACGGCAGGCCCAGGCAUUUGUUCCAUAUCGCCUUUCCAUUUUUGGGAGAGCCGAAGCUUGUAAUACUUUUUUAGCAACAAAGCUUUACUAUGUGCUGCAGCUUAUUCAUUGUGCUAGGUCUUACGUGCAACGCUUCCAUCGUAUAUUUGCAACGUUCAUAUGGUCUUCGACUUUUGAGCCCAUGCGUCGUGACAACAUUUUCAGACAAGUUAGUGACGGUGGUUUGGGUUUAAUACAUUUGUAUCUAUGGCAAACAGUUUCACGCUUCUUCUUUUUCCGUGACAAUUCCCAUCCCAUCAUUCGUUCGUUCUUGCAAGUUAACUUUGUUAAUUGUUUCCCUGACUUGGUUGUUUCCUCAAACUUCUCCGCACGCCCAUGCCUGUGGGGAUUUAUGGAGGAAGUUUACUCUGCUGUUCGAUUUCUUAAAGCCCGAUUUUCAACAGAAUAUUUGUAUACUGUAUCACGCAAAACACUAUAUAAGGACUUAAUAUCUAUGCUCUUCCCACCUCCGCUGUACCGAUCAUCAUAUUUUGAUCUUCCAGGCCAUGAUGUGUUGAAACGAGUGCAAAAAAUGUAUAUAUCCCCCAAUUCAAAAACAUUCUUCUAUAAACUCCAUUCUGAAACACUCCCUGUAAAAACAUGGUUACAAACAAAAGGCAUUUUUGUAUCCUCGGUCAACUGCCGUCUCUGUGAUGUACCUGAAACAAUAGAGCACUGCUUCGUGAGCUGCAAAGAUGCGAUUCUUUUCUGGGAUGUCCUUCAGCGAACUCUGCAGAAAGAAUUUGAAAUUAAUUCGUACACUAUUCGUUAUUUGAUGCCAACACCUCUUGAUGAAGUACCGUACGAUAUGUUCCUUGUUAUUGGUAUGCACAGUUUGUGGAAGACGCGAAUGCAGGACCGUAACGCAGAGCCGAUCACCUCGUCACGUAUACAUUUCACCCGAAUGGUUAUUAAUUUAAAAGAAGUUUACGAGAGCCAGUUCUGUGUUGGAUCGCCCCUCUGUGCUGGAACGCGCGGCGCAGGAGACGCUGCCUAUAGGCACGUUGCACCCGCCAGGAGCCUCCACUAUCGCGGUUAA